AUGCUUUCUGCUCUCUACCCCACGCCGCUACGAACAGACUCUCGAUUCCCGCACCAGAACAUAACUUAUUUCGCGCUCCUAACAAGCCCGCUGCACGUUGUUGGUGUCAGGCUCGGUCUUCAGCGUGCCAUGAGCCACAACCCCUGCAUUCAGACGGUAAAUUACUCGAUAGCCGGCCCAGAUUCUGGGUUAGCUCUCGGUGUGGCAUCACUUGGUCUCCAGGUGUACACUGGUUGUAUUCAAGGCAUACAGUUGUUAAUCACUGCAUUGGGAUACGAUGACGAGUGUAAAUACCUCAACUUGAGGUUGCGGAUGGAACAGCAGCGUCUCUUCGCUUGGAGUGAAACUUCAGGGUUGUUGGAUGUGGGAGAUGAGCAACAUGACAAGAUCCUAAACUCAAACAUAUUCAAUCUGCAUCGCCAAACCGUGCUUGAUAUGCUGGUUCAGAUCCGCUGCUUAUUUGACGAGUUCACCAGUCACCAGCGCAGACACAACAACCUAAAGACAGCCCGAGAUGAGGACGACUUGCUCGGCGUGCCAGACGAGGACGCCAGGCUGGCCAAUUUUCCCAUUUCAGACAGAAAGCAAGACUUCAUCAAGAAGGCAAUGACGGCUUUGAAAGAGAAAUCCCAACAAGGUUAUCAACGACUUCGAUGGGUCUCGUUUGAUAAAGUCGCCUUUGAGCUGGUCUUGUCCAAGUUCUCAGCUCUUAAUGAUAACAUGACCAAUAUACUGGAUCACUCACUACAGGUAGAAAUACGGCACACAGUAGAAGAUACGAACAGAGGGGUUUUGCUUUUGCAUCGUAAGAUUGCCGAUUUGAGUCAUCUUGUGCUGGCGUUGAAAUCGCAGCUAGAUGCAGGAGCGGGCUCACUCUUGACUCAUUCUCCCCUGUCGAAAUUGGAAAGGGAAGCAAGUCUCGAUUCCUUGGUUCAGUUAUCCAAACUUGCAAAGUUCAAGGCUUUUAGCGAAACUCUCGAUCCAAAAACUGGACGGCCAUGCCCAGUGGACAAGACGGCGGCUGGCUUCCUGGAGCUUGCAAACCCAUCUCAGCCAAGCAAUGUCCAGCUUCCGCGAUAUCUGAUAGAGCUUGGUCCAGACGUGGACCAGUCAGACACUGCGCCCUGCGAAGCACUCAUGAAGACAGCUGCAGGCAAGAAGAGGGUGUGGAUAGAGUGGAAAAACUACGAUACAGCCGGACUGCACCCAGACUCCUUGUCAAAAGAGGACAUAAUCAGUCGGGUGAGAAAAUUGGCAUCUUUACUGAAUCACCGGCUGAAACCCAAAGCUUUCAGGACGCCACACUGUCUCGGGUUCUUCGAUAAAGCCGACCCCGAUAUCCCUGCCGAUGAUGUCGACAUUCUCGAGAGGCGGUUAGGUCUCAUAUUUGAGCGACCUUGCCAUGAUUCACUGCAUGCCACGCUUCCGCCGGUAUCCCUCCACAGCCUCCUACAAGAUGAUGGCGUCAGAAAACCCCGGGUCACAGAGCGGGUUCAACUGGCAACAGCACUGAGUAAUUGCGUCUUAUAUCUUCAUGCAGUCAAUUGGUUGCACAAGGGUCUCCGAAGUCAUAACGUCAUCUUCUUCCGUACUCGCACCGGAAAGGUCGACUACUGUCAGCCAUAUCUCUCUGGGUUCGACUGUUCGCGUCCGGGGGGCUCGGACGAGAUGACAGACGUGCCUGGAGACGAUGCAGAACACGACUUGUACAGACACCCGGAUACGCAGACCAAUAGAGGAAGGGAAAGGCAACGCUCCAAGAAAUGCUUCGAUAUUUACAGCCUGGGUAUCAUAUUUGUCGAAUUGGCUCACUGGAAGACCGUUGACAAGGUCCUGGGGAUCGACAUGCAAAGGGCUCGAGGGAAGCCAGACGUUUUGCGAAAAGUUCAAGGCGAACUACUUGGGGGUGAACGGAUGGCAGAUGUUGGUGGUGAGAUGGGCGAGAAGUUUGAGUAUGUCGUUAGGACUUGCCUCGGUGGAGAAGAGAAGCUUCGGCUUUACCAAGGGCAAAAAGACGGUGCAGAGGGCGCGGCAGAGAAACUGUCGACAAGAUUUUAUGAGGAGGUUGUCAAGAAGCUUGGGCAGGUUGUGGUGUGA